AUGAAUACUAAUAAUUUGCAAGAACAAAACAAAGAUCUUGAAUUGUAUUUACGUUUAAGAUCAGACAUUAAAUCUGCUAUGAAGAAUAAAGAUCAAUUAAAAUUAAAUGUUGUCAAGUCAAUUCUUUCAGAUCUUACUUAUGUUUCAAAAAAAGUGUCACAACCUUCUUCAUUAACAACAUCACCACCUACAAAUCAACAAAUCUAUAAGAUUAUAAACAAAUCUGUUAAAACACAUAAUGAAUCUAUAGAAAAGUUUUCACAAGCACAAAGACCAGACUUAGUUUGCAAAGAACAAAUUGAAUUAGAAAUUUUAGAAUCCUAUUUGCCAAAAAAGAAAUUAUCUGAAGAAGAAAUUGAAUCAAAUAUCAUCAAAUUCAUCAAAGACAACAACUUAACAGAUCCAACUAACAUUCCUGGAUUUCCUGUUGACGCCUGUUCUGUCAUUUUGUCAACUACCCCUCGAAGUGGUGUUCCUCGUCUUGUGCUGGAACAAACUGAACAAGAUCCAACAUCAAUUCUGAUUUCAGCUUGUAAACAAUGUGAACUGGAGGACUGUAUCAAGUUGGUUUCAAUUCAUUCUGAAAUCACACCCAAAGCAAAGAUUAUUCAAACACUUGUUCAUCUUAAGUCAAGCCCACCUUAUAAAGAUGCCACAGUGAUAUAUGCCUCAGAAACUGCAAUGAAGACUAUUGCUCAUACUAAAUGGACUUAUGAAAGUGGUACCUUCCAAUGUCAAGAACUUGUCUCUGGUAGGAAAAGUCUCAAGUCUGGUUCCUUUGACCUCAAGAUUCCAAAAUCAAAGACUCCCUCCACAAGUUGUUGA